AUGGAAGAGGUUAAUCAUCAUCAGGAAGCACAAGGAUUGACAGGGUCGUCGUCCAUUCUUCUUUCAUCGUCGGCGUCUUCUACCUCCUCCACUUCAUCAACAAUGACUCCGAUACCUGAGCACCCUGUGUUGGAUGAAAGUUUAAAUAUUCAUCAAGAAAUUGGUGAAAUGACCGUGUUGGAAGCUCUUGAUUUUCUGAUUGAGGAAAAUUCAAAACUUUGGAAGGAAAAAGUUAAAUUUGAGAAUUACGCUUUUGCCUUAAAUCAAAGUUUAUUGGAAUCGGAAUCAAAGAUGAAAAAGCUUGCCAGGUAUAAAAAAGCCUUUGCCCAAGAACAAGAUGAAAAAGAAAAGCUACGAAUGAAAUACGAGGAACUGGAGAAUGAAUUAAAAAAAGUGAGGGACGAAAAACCCAAAUCUACCAUAUCUUCAAGCCAAUCAACGGAUCAACUCCAAAGCAACCUCGCCAAAAUGCAAAUACAAACUCAACAACAUGAAAAGAGUAAACAACUCAUGGCAAUGCACGUUCGGAAGGUCAGCACAAAAAUCAUUGAGGCCAAGUUGGAUCAAAGAUCACUCAAGAGUGAAGCAAAGUUCAUGACCAACAAGUUUCUGGAUGAAUUUGCGUCCAUCUCGGAACAAAUCAAAAACAACAUAUCAAUGAAAAUGGACCAAAUGGAAAAUGAGCUAGACAAAAUGGAAAAGCAGUACCUCAAUGUUUUGAAAGAUAGCGAAGACCAAGUUAGAGAAACUGCUGGCUUCUUACUAAAAGUAGGACAAACCGUAAAAAGUUGGAAACGUAGAUGGUUCGUCUUUAGAAAAGAUUUAACGUUCAGUUACUUCAAAACUAUUGAGGAUUUAAAGCCAAUUGAUACUAUUGACGUCUCAAUGGAAGACUCGCUGGAUGUCUCUGCAGAUGUGACCCAAGGAAAACCCUUUGCUUUUAAAUUGGUGACAAAAGACAGAACAUAUUACUUGUGUGCAACGAACGAGGAUGAGAAACGAAGAUGGAUUUCAACACUCAGAAGAUGGUUUGAGGUAAAUAAGGCCUAUUUGACCAAAUGA